CUUGAGUACAGAUCAGACAAAGGGAACCUACACUUUCCUCUGCCGCUAUGUUCCUGAACUUGCUCUAUGACAGCUUUGAUUUUAAAAGCUGGAUCAUUUUAUUUUUUCUAUUUCUGCUUCUUGCUGAUAUUAUCAAAAAUAGAAGUCCUUCCAAUUACCCUCCAGGACCAUGGCCCCUGCCAUUCCUGGGAACUGUGUUCACUAAGAUGGAUUUUAGGAGCAUGAAUAAGUUGGCUGAAGUCUAUGGCAACAUAUUCAGCUUAAGAGUGGGCAGUGAGAAAAUGGUUGUCGUGUCGGGAUAUAAAAUGGUGAAAGAGGCCCUUGUUACUCAUCUUGACAGUUUUGUCGAGCGUCCACACGUCCCUCUGUUUCACAAAAUUUACAAGGGAAUUGGUUUAACAAUGAGUAAUGGAUACCGGUGGCGGACACAUAGGAAGUUUGGUGGCCUCCAUUUACGGCUGUUUGGAGAGGAGAAGAAAAUCCUUGAGAACAACAUCCAGCAAGAGUCUGUCUAUCUUUGUGAUGCUUUUAAGGCAGAAAAGGGACCUUUCAACCCUAUGACCAUCUUAAACGGUUCUGUCUCAAAUACUGUUGCCUGUUUGACAUUUGGACAACGCUUUGACUACCAUGAUGAAUAUUACCAAAGAAUUCUGCGUCUUGACAAUGAGUGUGUUCAAAUAGCAGGCUCUUAUAGAGCACAGCUCUAUAAUGUCUGUCCUUGGCUCUUGGAUUACUUUCCUGGCCCCCAUCAGACUAUGUUUUCAAACUACAAGGAAAUAACAGGCUUCCUGAGAGGAGAGAUCAUUAAACACAAAGAGGACUGGGACCCUUUAAAUCCACGCGACUUUAUAGACAACUACCUGACUGAGAUGGAAAAGAAAAAGAGCGACCCUGAGGCUGGUUUUAACAUAGAAGCCUUAGUGAUAUCUUGCUUAGACAUGAUUGAGGCUGGGACAGAGACCUCUGCUUCAACAUUACGCUGGGGUCUGCUUUUUAUGAUCAAAUAUCCAGAAAUACAAAAAAAGGUCCAGGAAGAGAUAGACAGGGUUAUUGGACAGUCACGUCAAUCCUGUGUGGCUGACAGAGCUGAUAUGCCCUACACUGAGGCUGUUAUCCAUGAGAUUCAAAGAUUUGGAGAUGUUGUUCCACUGGGAUUCCCUAAAAGUUCUGCUAAAGACACAAAGCUAGGGGAAUACUUCAUUCCUAAGGGCACCUCUAUCACAACAAACCUGUCUUCAGUCCUUCAUGAUCCAAACGAAUGGGAGACACCAGACACCUUUAACCCCGGACACUUCCUGAAUGAAAAUGGCCAGUUUUGGAAGAGAGAUGCAUUUCUUCCUUUUUCAGCAGGUAAGCGAGCGUGUUUGGGAGAACAGCUGGCUCGUCAGGUGAUCUUCCUGUUUUUCACCUCUCUUCUUCAGCGAUUCACCUUCUCCAAAUGUCCAGGAGAGGAACUCAGUCUGGAGGGAGAGCUAUGGUUCACAAAUGUUCCUUGUCCAUAUCGUAUGUGUGUGACCUCACGUUAGAAAUAUAAAAAAUCAGUAAGAUUACAUAUAAAGUAUGCUUUCUGAUAUGUUGCUGAAUGAUUAUCAUUUCCACAUUUUUCAAAAUGUAAUAUUGUUGCAAUGUAAACAUGAUUAUAAUGUUAAUGUAUCAUUACAUGUAUGAAUGGUUUUGAUGGACAAAACAUAGAUAUUGAUACCUGUGUUAAUGCUCGGUGUAAUUGAUCUACAGAUGUGCAAAAAAUUAUUUGUCAUCAAGGCAAGUGGUACUCAUUUUAAGCCCUGGAGUUGUUUUUUUUGUUUGUUUAUGUAUUAUGCAUUUUUUUCCAAACAACUGGGGUUUGUUUUGUUUUUUUGAGCAAGGUGCCACUGUCAAGGGAGUCAAAAGAUAAUUACAUAAUCAUUAGGGUUUCUAAUUAACUUUAAACAUGGAAAAUAAGGAACAAUUGUCAAUUGUGAUGCUUUAUUUUUUAUUCUUUAAGAAAAUAAUGUUUAAUUAUUGUAUUGCUAUAUAAAAAGUGUUUAUUCCUUAAGAAAAAAAGAGACAGAAUAAGGGAUGCUCCAAAUAUUUGUACCAUAACAUAAUGUAGGCCUAAAUCUGCCUGCAGUUUAAAUGUUUUGCUUUGUUUUUGUUAACCCAUUUAUGUACAUUUUUUUUUUCUAAGCUUUUACUAUUAUAGAAUUGUGACAUCACAAGUUUAGUAGGCUAAUUUAGUCAUUAGGCAUGAAAUUUGAAAACUUAACAACUGAAGCUCUAUGAAACGUCAGUCAAUAAAGCAUUUUUUUUUUAAACAAUGGAACUUAUUUUAUAUUUUUUCAACCAUAUAGCCUGUGAACUUAGAGAAUGUGGGCUGCUUCUGGUGCUUGGAUCUCUAAGUUUAAGAAUAGCCUACCCUAAAACUUUUAUGUACUUCUCUCUCUCUAUUUAAUAGCAUUAAACUACAAUGAAGAGGAAGAGAGCAAAACAAGGGUGUCUUAUUACCUCCCCAACAUUCUCAACUACAUAUUCAAUCCAUGCAUAUGAAAUACAUAUAAAAAAGUAAAGAACAUUUAGACUAUAUUUCUAUAUGUAGCCUCAUUGUAUGAUUAAAGCCGCAAAAGGAAAAUAUGAACAAUUUUAAAAACCUCCAGAAAAAAUGUAGACAUGUCAGGCAGAACUGUGAUGUUGCCUAACUGUAAUGUAACUUGUUCUUACCUUUAAACUAUUACUCUGA